GCCGCCCCUUGCAGCUGGGGUGGCCAACGCCUUCGCCCAGGGCUACUUGGCGAGGCGCUGCUUUCCCCGAGCUGAGCGACCCGAGGGCUUUCGGCAGGCGGUGCUCUGUUUCCCUGGUUCAUUUCUCUGCAGCUCUUGGCCUUGACAGGUGCUAGUGUCCGUGCCUGUCAGAGGCAUUCUGACUCCGGCCCUUCCUCUCUCUCUGGAGACUGCCUAUGGCUGGGGACCGUAUGAGGUCGUUGCCUUGACGACGGCAGCAUGCGGCCCGCAGUCCUCGGAAGUGUGAGCUUGCGGAGGGCAGAAACAAAUCUGCCUCCCUUCCUGCUUCACCUAGGACCAGUAACUGCGUCCGCAGAGGAAAUCCUAAUACUGGGAUUGCUAGUUUGCUAGUCAGCAUCUUUUUAGAUCUGCUAGCGAGAUGCAUAUCACCUCAAAUUUGUUUCCAAGUUGAAAACCUUUGGCUCUUUCCAUGUGAAGGGUUUGGAAGAAAUACAAGAAAAAUUCCUACUGGUUUUAAAGCAAAAUGGAAAAGUAUGAGAACCUAGGAUUGGUUGGAGAGGGGAGUUACGGAAUGGUGAUGAAGUGUAGGAACAAAGACAGUGGAAGAAUUGUGGCCAUUAAGAAGUUCUUAGAAAGCGAUGAUGAUAAAAUGGUUAAGAAGAUCGCUAUGCGAGAAAUCAAGUUACUAAAGCAACUGCGGCAUGAAAAUUUGGUGAAUCUGUUGGAAGUAUGUAAGAAAAAAAAACGUUGGUACCUAGUCUUUGAAUUUGUUGACCACACGAUUCUUGAUGACUUGAAGCUCUUUCCAAAUGGACUAGACUAUCAAGUAGUUCAAAAGUAUUUGUUUCAGAUUAUUAAUGGAAUUGGAUUUUGCCAUAGUCACAAUAUCAUACACAGAGAUAUAAAGCCUGAGAAUAUAUUAGUUUCCCAGUCUGGUGUUGUAAAAUUAUGUGACUUUGGAUUUGCACGGACAUUGGCAGCUCCUGGGGAGGUUUACACUGACUACGUGGCCACCCGGUGGUACAGAGCUCCAGAACUGCUGGUCGGUGACGUCAAGUAUGGCAAGGCUGUUGAUAUCUGGGCCAUUGGUUGUCUGGUCAUUGAAAUGCUUAUGGGGCAACCGCUGUUUCCGGGAGAAUCUGAUAUUGAUCAGCUACAUCAUAUUAUGACAUGUUUAGGUAAUUUAAUUCCAAGACACCAGGAACUAUUUUAUAAAAAUCCUGUGUUUGCUGGAGUAAGGUUGCCUGAAAUCAAAGACACAGAAGCAGAACCUCUGGAGAGCCGCUAUCCUAAGCUCCCUGAAGUUGUGAUCAGUUUAGCAAAGAAAUGCUUGCACAUUGACCCAGACAAAAGGCCCUUCUGUGCUGACCUUCUUCACCAUGAUUUCUUUCAAAUGGAUGGAUUUGCUGAGAGGUUUUCUCAAGAAUUACAGUUAAAAAUAGAGAAAGAUGCCAGGAAUAAUUCUUUACCUAAAAAGUCUCAAAACAGAAAGAAAGAAAAAGAUGAUGCCUUAGGUGAAGAAAGAAAAACACUUGUGGUACAGGAUACCAAUGCUGAUCCCAAAAUUAAGGAUUCUAAAGUGUUUAAAGUAAAGGGAUCAAAAAUUGAUGUCGAGAAAACGGAAAAAGGAAGUAGAGCUUCAAAUGCCAACUGUCUCCAUGACAACGGGACAAACCACAAAGGCUUGCCUUCCACAAGCCUCAGAGAUUGCAGCAAUGUCAACAUUGAUCACUCAAGGAAUCCAGGCACAGCGAUCCCUCCGCUCACACACAAUCUUUCUGCAGUUGCUCCUGGUAUUAAUGCUGGAAUGGGGACUAUUCCUGUAGUACAGAAUUACAGAGUGGAAGAGAAAACUAAGAAAUACUGUAAUCCAUUUGUUAAAGCCAGCCAGCCUUCCCCAUCAGGGAUUUACAAUAUGAAUGUGAACACAUCCGUCUCAGGUGAAAAGUACCUCCUUCAGGCAAACAAGAAAAGGAAGGAAUAUUCCAAAGCAGAUGUGCGGUUGCCUGAACUAAACUAUAACCAUCUUCCUGAACUGAGAGCUUUAGAAGGCAUAGCUCGAAAUUCUAGGCUAAUAAAGAAAGAGAACAAAUGUCUUUCAGAAUCUCGAAUUCCUUCUUUGGCUGCCAUUGACCUGCACUCGUCCAGUGUUGCAUCACACCAGGGAGCAGGAUCGCCCCUGUCAGACGACUCUGAGGCUGACUUGCCUCGGAUGGAACACCAACACUGAGACUCAUUUUAAUCCUGAACAGGAUGCUGCCAGCACUUGAGUUGACGUCCUCUUGAAUGAGAGCACUGAUGCCCCAGAGGAGAUCUGCAGUUUGACUAGUUCCUUCUGGAAACCUACGCUUUCUAAGAAAGGCUUUGCAGAAGAAGGGAAGACAGACUUCUAAAGACUUCAAAGGAAGAUUGAACAAGUGCCCCUUCACCUUUCCAACCUAUGAUGCUAUUUCAAGAUAUAUCCAUGGAACAGUAGUGACAUGGUUCUUGUUACAUGAAUGUGUAUUUGAUAUUAGUAGAUUGUGUAUUUAAAGUUAUCUGAGAUUAAAAGUCAGUAAAAAAGGAGAGAAUCAUUAUAAAAGGUCAUGAUUUUAUGCAUUGAACUUUAUGUAUUAUCUAUAUAAAUGUUUACAGUUGAAGAAAAUGAAAAAAGCUAGGAUCUGUAAGAGAAAGUUUUUUUUUUUUUUUUAAACUAUAAGAACACAUUUUAAAAGCUUGUUUCUAGGCAUGAGAGUGGUGCGAGACUGUGGUCAGAGUUAGACCUGUGUCUUUGUUUUCUGUCAUUGUUGACUGAUGGUCUCUACUGAUCUAAGAACUGUGCUACUGAAAAUCUGGCAGAGAAUCCUUUUGUUACUAACGACUGUGGUGUUGGCUAGUUUUCUGUAUUGAGAGAUUCUGGUGCUAAUGUUCUGAGUGAAAGGACAUGAUGGAAGCAGUAUGAGGGAGAGUUUUGUGGGUACACCUCUGAGUGAAGAGCUUUUUCUCCUUGAGGAAAAAGGUAUAAAAUAUAAAAAUAAGAGAUGGGUACAGAGCUGCCUGGCAGUCUGUCUGGUUCUCCUGGCUAGUUGCCACUGAGUCACCCAACCAAAGAGGCUUUUGGGGGCUUUGAUGGAGUCAACUCUUAUCUCUGAUAGUUUGAGGUUGAUAGUGGACAACCCACAGAAGUUCCUAUUGCCCUAUUACCUCAAAUGCUUAGCCUUACCCAAAAGCCUUUCCAAGGUGGAAAGUCAUUUAUGGUAUUCUACAUACACUUUUUGAUGGAUAGCUUUACAACCUCUUAGGCGGGAGGAUUGGGCCAUUUUCAUUCCAGGGUCUUAGUGUCUGGGUUUCCAGCUAUGCCCCCCAUUUGUCAUUUGAGAAAAUAGUUGUUUAGGGGCCUGAAUUUGUGUAGUGUUUUUGUGUUAACCAACUAAUGGAUUUUUUUUUAAAGCUGUUGACUAGAACUUAGCCUAAGAAUUGAAUAAGAAUUCUUCAUUCCCCUGGGGGACUUAAAAACUAAAUCUUAAACUUGGACACUUGGUAGACAUUCAGGAUGAGGCAAAAUAAAGGUUCCAAUAAAAAAAAAAAAAAAAAAAAAAAACUCUUGGUAAUUGUUGAAUAAAUGUUGAUUUUUAUUUAAAAGCUGUAUUUUAAACCUCUGGCCAAGGGUUUGCCUAGAUUAGUAAGACUAACAUGCUGAUAAAACUCACUGUAACAAUCAUAAUGGACUUUCUACUAAAAUACCAUUAUUUAUUGUUAUUUUGAAAAAUAUUGCCAUCAGCUAGCAGUGCAGGGAGGAGACAGUACUCGAAGCUGAAUGGCACCCUGCUAAUUUCAGGGCUAUUCUCCUAUAAAGGUCAUUGUGAAAAUGUCAGCCUGACAACAGAGGGUCUGCAUCAGCUACCUUAUAGUUUGAGUUUGGAAUCUUUGGCCUAUUAAGACACUGUAUGAACUUUACAAUUAAGAGAUUAAAAAUCACUUCUUAAGGCCUUAUUGAUAUCUAAAAAUCAUAUUUUGUUAGACCUUGGUAUGGAACUAAAGAAGUAAAUGCUGUUCAGAUGAAGUCUCUAGGUACUAAACCAACAUAUUCUCUUUUUUCAGUGUGUGGGUGUUUAGUCUCUUCCUACAAGAAUGUGAUUUACGUAAACAUGCUAAUGUGAACUCAGUUUAUGUACUUUUGGGAGAUUGUGGGCUUGCUGUGCCCACCUGUGUUUUAAAAUUAAUAAAUAUUGUCUAACUAAG